AAGGCAUUCAAUUUUCACACUUGCAGUUUAAAUACUCUGUCCGCAAGAAUUCCAAUAUCCAGUUCUUGGCAUGGGGACUGACGGAAAUUCCCCAAUGUCUACAGACAAUGAGCUGCUAUCCCAUCCCCCAUUUCCUACUUCUAUUCUCGAAGAAGGCAAACCGCUCAUCUGCUCUACUGGCAGCGCAGGCGGUGGUGAUGGAGGAGACCACCGGCGUCUUCCUUCGUACUUUGAUCAGGUCCCUGAGGACCUGUUGAAGAAUGUACUGUGCUUCCUUAGCGACUGUCACGAUCGCAACGCUGCCUCCCUCGUCUCCAAGUCAUGGUACCGCGCGGAGGCGAUGACCAGAUCCGAGGUCUUCAUCGGAAACGGCUAUGCUGUACCGCCCCAGUGCACCGCAUCUCGGUUCGGUCAGCUCACCUCACUGAUUCUCAAGCUCGAGCCUCAGUACGAGUGUUUGUACUUUGUGCCGAUUGAUGCCCGUUUCUCGCCCUGGGUCACCGUAAUAGCCGAGUCUUAUCGAACACUCCAGAAAUUGUACCUAAAAAAUUACAUUGUCUCAAACGAAGAUAUCGACAUCCUGGCCCUAUCAUGCCCGAAUUUGAAGGAGCUGGUGUUGGUUCGCUGUAAAGAAGUUGGGACCUAUGGACUUGGCAGGGUUGCUAGAGAGUGCAGUAAUUUAAGGGUACUCGAGGUGAUUGAAUGCCAUGGUAAGAGUGACAAUGUGGACUGGAUUUCAUGCUUCCCCGAUGAUAAUACAUUAAUUGAGUCUUUGAUCUUCGAAGAUUCUAUUAUGUUUGGGUGUUUGAAUUUUGAUGCCUUGGAGCAGCUGGUGACAAGGUCUCCUUGUUUGAAGAGACUUAGGUUGGAUGACGUUGUUUCUAUUAGCCAACUCUAUCGCCUAAUGAUCAAAGCUCCUCUGCUCACCCAUCUGGGAAUAGGUAUAUUUAUUAACUCAAGUGAACAAGAAGCUGCUGUGGGUGAACUAGAACUUCACUACGCUUCUGCUUUUGCUGUAUGCAAUUCAUUAGUUUCUCUUUCUGGAUUCAGGGAUGAACUUCCUAUUUAUCUGCCUGCUCUGUAUCCCAUUUGUGGCAACCUGACCUCUCUCAAUCUCAAAUAUACUCUCAUCAGCUGUGAACAUUUCAAAGAAGUCAUUUUUCACUGCCAUAAACUAAAGUGCCUGUGGGUGUCUGCUAGAGUCCGUGACGAAGGGCUCGAGGCAGUAGCAGCAACAUGUAAGGAUCUGCUAGAGCUUCGUGUUUUCCUGGAUGAGUAUGCCAUUGAUGAUGAUGACGACGACGAUGUUGACGUUCCUGUCUCUGAAGUUGGUUUGCUUGCAAUUUCUGAGGGUUGCCCGAGACUAGAAUACUUAUUAUAUUUCUGCAAUAGAAUGAGUAACGCAGCUCUUGUUGGACUGUCAAAGAACUGCCCAGAUCUUUUGGAAUUCCGUCUCCACACAUCAGGGUGGAGAAGUCGGGACUACUAUACGCGGGGCUCAAUGGAUGAAGGGUUUGGGGCGAUUCUUAUGAACUGUAAGAAGCUUACACGCCUUCACACAUCUGGUUUAUUGACAGAUCAGGCUUUAUGUUACAUUGGACAGUAUGGGAAAUCACUGCGUGCUUUGUCUUUCGGUGUUGCUGGAAAGAAUGAAAUGGGGCUGAAAUUUGUGCUCGACGGUUGCCCUAACUUACUAAAGCUUGACAUAAGUGAUUUCCGAUUCGGUGAUUCAGCUUUGCGUUCUCUUUUGCAUCAUUUUUACAGGCUGCAAUUUGUGAAGAUUUCAACACGCGGGGUAACUCAUCAAUGCUGUGAGGAAAUUGCCCGCCAAUUACCUCAGUUGGUAAUAGAAGUGGUUGCCAAGAUGGCCAUACCUUCGGAUCAGAGGGGCUAUGAGCCUAUGACACUCUAUUCAUGUACCGAUCUCUUGAUGAGGCAAGCACCAUAUGGACCAAAGUAUGUGCAAACCUUCUAAAGUUAUAUGAUGUCACUGGGAAGAAUAACAUCCCUUUGUUUACCUGACCCUACUCUGCUGAUGGUGGUUGUUGUGUCUCUAUGAGUAAUUUCCAUCAUGACUGAGCAAUGAAGUUUUAUUUUGAUGGUCCAUUUUCUAUUGCGCAAUUUUAUUGUGUAAUGCUUAAAGCUUCUUUGCUCACCUAUGCUAUUAAAAUGUUGUUCAUUUCCUAUUCAGUUUUGAAUAUUUAUUCUUCAUGGUGUUCAUUUCAG